GCUAGACAGAGCCACUUUAGCUGCUCAGUUGAAAUGAUGUCGAGAUUCAUGCCAGGACGGUGCUUGAACGGAUCUCUCCGGCAGCUGCUGCCUCUAUUCUGUUUGCUGAUUACCAGUGUUUUGACAUUAGCGGCAGACGGCGCCAGUGAAGCGAUUCGCGAUGAUCUCACCACAGAGUAUGCAAAGCAGAUUAUACGACAUUCCAAGAUGGCUGAAAUGAAAGGCAUGCUGAAUACAAACAUUGACCCCUGCAACGAUUUCUACAGCUACGCUUGUGGCAACUGGCAUCGUCACAAUCCCGCCCAGCUGUUCGGGAACUUAAUGACAGACACGUUUCAGCUUAUCUCGAAGGGAUUUGAACGCCGCUUGCAACGACUAUUGCAACAUGGAACGAUGAAAUCAAAUCUGGAGGAGAAACUGCAGAGCUUUUAUCGAUCCUGUCUGUUAGGUCAUUCGGGAGAAGUCGAAUAUUAUUCUGGGCUGCAUAGCAUCGUCAAUGAGUACGGCGAACUGCCCUUGAUCAAGGGUGAGAGUUGGCAAGCUUCGGAAUUUAGUUGGUGGCGCAUCAUUGCGGGUAUACAGCAAAAAUACGGAAAGAAGAUCAUUUUGGCAGUGGAUAUUAUGGCCGACAUUAAGAAUCAUACGGUGAAUCGUAUCUACUUGGGUCCGCCAGACAACCAGCAGACAAUCUACUUAUCUAAUACCAUGGAGGAUUCGGACACUGCAUCGGAUCUACAAAAGUACUAUUCCAUCAGCUCCCACAUGGCUAAACAGACCGCAAAAGAAAUGAACGAUCUCAAGCGAAAUUUAUCGACGGGUGGUUUUCAGGGAACUAGCCUGGAAGAUGAUCUAACGUUAUACACGGUGUCUGAACUACAGGAGAAAUAUGCCGAGUAUUUGAACAUUAGCGAGUUUCUGGGCAUAAUACUCGGCCCCGAUAAUGUGCCAGAGGAGAUAUAUAUUUACUCUGAAAGCAGUUUGAAUAACACAUUACAAGCACUCAAAGCAACGCCCACAACCACCAUCGCCAACUAUGUGCUGUGGCAGCUGAUGACGGAGUUUCGCAUUGAUGUGCCGGUCAACAAAAUCCAGACAUGGUGCACGGAGCGAACCAAGACGAUCUUUGGCAAGCUCGCGGAGCAUAUUUUAUAUGAACGCUAUCGCAGUCCCGAGGCAGAGGCUGAGGUGCACAGCAUGUGGCAGCAGAUACGGGACACAUUCCGCAAGGAGCUGGCAGGUGACAAGCUGGACUGGAUGAUGAAUAAGACGCGCCAGUUGGCUAUUGAAAAACUAGACAAUAUGCAGCUCAAAAUCAACGCCUAUGACAAUGAGAAUUUUGAGACACUGUACGGUAAUUUUACUGUGGACAGGUCGGACUAUGUGCGCAAUGUGCAACAUGUGCUGAUGGCGGAGGCUAAGCGCAGGCUGCAACGGUUGCACAAUCCACCUGCCUCGCUGGAGGCCACCGAUGUGCUGAGCUUUACGCCCGCCUACAACAUACUGGAGAACUGCAUUACAAUUCCGGUGGCAUUGCUGCAGCCACGCUACUUUUGGGAUAAAAACUAUCCACAGGCCUUGAAGUAUGCGACACUGGGUAAUUUGCUGGCGCACGAGAUGACCCACGGGUUCGAUGAUGAGGGGCACAAAUAUGAUGCCAAUGGUAAUCUGGCGCCCUGGUGGGACAACAAGUCACGCUAUGAGUUCGAAGAGCGACGCAAGUGCUUCCAGGCUCAGUAUCACAGCUACAAAUACGGCGGAUCCCGACUGCCAGAGAGCAUAGAGCAAUCGGAGAACAUUGCGGACAAUGCUGGCGUCAAGUUGGCCUACAAGGCCUAUCUGCGCUGGCUGGAACAACAGCCGCCGGCAAUCCUCGAGCAGGAGACUAUGGCUGGCUUGGAGCUUACCAAUCGACAGUUGUUCUUUGUGAGCUAUGCUCAGCUGUGGUGCGACGAUGUCCAGUCGUUGUUCAAGACAUCUGUGGCAACUGUGGACAACCAUGCUCCGGGCAUGUAUCGUGUCAUCGGCUCGUUGUCAAAUUUCCAAGAGUUCUCCUGGGUUUUCAACUGUUCGCAGCAGGCGCCCAUGGAUCCGGAGUUUAAGUGUAGCAUUUACUAAGCCAUCUUUAAUAUCUUACCAAUUUCUGCAUCUAGCAAUUAUAUAGAUAUAUCUAUAAAUAUAUGAUUUUUAUCCUGUUCAAA